ACAACCAAUUUUGUCAGGAAAUAGGUUUGUGCAGUUGCCAGUUUUGGCAUUUCAACAAAAGAUUUGUGCUAUUACCGUACAUUUUUCACCGCGUUCUUAGUAAUAUUUUUUCAAGUUUUAUAGGAAGCCGUGGAUCUGAACGAUUAACAAUAUCAUGGACCUUCCAGAAAAGCUCAUAAAGGCUCAAAUGGACAAGUUGCAAGAAGUGGACACGCUGAUAAAGCAGAAAGAUCUGAGAAGCGCAUUGUUAAAAUAUUUGGAUGCAAAAGGAGCACUUGAUGGUUGUAUUCCAUACAAGAAUUUCUCCUCUUUCGUCCGCCGAUUUAUUGAUAACAUAUCCGUGGAUAUUCCGACAAUUAGCGGCAGCGCCGAAACCGCAAGUGAAAGUGAAACUGAUCAUCUUGUCUAUGGCUUGCUGAGUUGUGGUAUUUGUAAGAGAAUUUUGGAAGUGCCUGUUACUCUUCCUUGCGAGGAGACAGGACAUACUUUCUGCAAAGUGUGCAUUACAGCGCUUGCUCAGUCGGGUUCCUCCAGAUGCCCCACUUGUCAAAGCAGAUUUUCAGCAUCAUUUAGCGAGAAAGCUAAUGCGUCGUUCGCGGUCGGUCGCCUGGUGGAAAUUUAUUUCCCAGAUGUUGCAAGGGCCUACCAACUGAAGCGGGAGGGAAACGAAUGUUUUGCUGCAAAUGAUCAUUACGGAUCGUUAUCGAAAUACAACGAAGCUGUUCGAGUUGGAGGUCCAGAGGCGUCCGUUCUGAGUAAUCGCUCUCAACUUUACUUUGUGCUGGGUAACAACGAGGAGGCUGUUAGCGAUGCCGAUGCUGCUAUAGAGUUGAGACCGUCGUGGUCAAAGCCGUACUACAGGAAAGCCUUGGCGCUGUUCGCUGAUGCACAGUUUGCGUCUUGCUCGGCGACAGGUUUUCAGAUGGCAGUUUUGGACAGAGAAAAUCCUCAAAUCAGGGAGCUUCUGCCAAAAAUAUUGUGGAAAUAUCUUACCUUGGAAUCUGAUACCCAGGAGGACACAAUGGAAGUCACGACUGAUACGGAAGGAAUUGCCGACUGGUGUUCAAAAAUGGUAGAGCGCUUUGAGGAAGCUGUUGCCGUUCUGACUUCUUUGAUGAACCGCUGCCCGAAAUCUGCUUCCAAAGAACACGCAGUCGACGUCGGUCUUGAUAUUGUAGAGGAAAUUCUUACUUGUACUUUAUGCUAUAGGUUGCUCUAUAAACCAGUUACUCCACGUUGUGGGCACUCAUUUUGUAAGCAAUGUCUGCAUCGCGUACUGGAUUUCAAGCCAUCCUGUCCUCAGUGUAGGAGUGACCUUUCGGAUUAUCUGGCUGAGAAACGUUUUGCAACGACUGAAGUUUUGCAAAAAGUUUGCGAAAGUUUGCUUCCGAAAGUCUUCGAAGAAAGAGUUCACAUGUUUAAUACAGAAAUGCAAGAAUUGGCACGAUUGAGUGAAGACGAGGCGGAAAUUCCCGUAUUCGUUCUAACUGUUGCAUGGCCGGAUAUUCCGCUGUUUCUGCACGUGUUUGAACCUCGUUAUCGGUUAAUGGUGCGGCAAGCAUUGGAGUCUGGAUCGAACCGCUUUGGAAUGGCUUGUGCUCCACCCAGCGAAGACAAUACGACUGACGUGUUCGCCGAUUAUGGAACAAUUCUUCGGAUCGAACAUAUUGAGUACGAGGAAGAUGGUAGAUGCUUUGUGCAUUGUAAGGGGGAAAGGCGAUUCCGGGUGCUCAGUCGCAGUAUGCGAGAAGGCUAUCACACCGCUCGUGUGAAGUACAUUGCUGACAGGGUUCUUCUGGAAGAUGAAAUACUAGAAGUGCGUGCACUGGAGGAUGAAUAUUAUGGUUUAAUUGAGAAAGAACUGGCUGAUCUUGAUUCUGCAACGUUGGCUCAUUUGACCGACAAUAUUGGUCCGUUUCCCGCGAAAGGUGACCUUAGCGUGCACACGGAAAAUGGUCCACCUUGGAUAUGGUGGUAUGCUGCAUUUACGGAGAGUAAAUCGGCGCUGCCUUCUUGGAACUUGAAUCUGCUAAAGGAAACCAGCGUUAAGGCUCGGUUGCAGAUGGUCCACCACUUGAUUAAUCGCGAUUAAACGCAUCCUCAACUUAUACAUUUUUAAAACUUUCUAGCUCUCAUUGCUGUGGCGUGUGAUCUAGUCUGUUUCCUACGGCGAAUACUGAAUAAUGUGCCACAAAAGUGCGAACAGUGCCUUGUCUCUGCGAAUGUGAAAUAGACCGAUCUUUUUGUACAGACUAAGUAAAUAUGUUUGUCGCUUAAUAGUAGACGAUGAUAAUACUCACCUCCCAGUCUUUAAUAAGAUGUAGUACUUAACUGAAAGUUGACAAAGUGAUUAAUAUUAUAUAAUAUGAUGAUAUGAGAACUUUCCGGAAUAGUGUUGAAUUUAUAAUAAGACAGUUAUUCCUUUUGCAA